AAGAGCUCGAGCAGCUACGUUGUCGGUGAGUCCCCAUCACCAGUUGAUUCAUGUCAUUGUUGACGACAUCAUUGUUAUGCCGCAAUGACCGAUGCGACUAGUACCUCAGCUCGGCCGGAGCUUGCGUAUCACAUUACCGUGUAUAUUACAAUGAUUUCAAACCGUCAUUUUUAGUUGCUCUCCUUCUAGGUCACGUUGGUUUCUUGUGACACAACGGAAAAUUCAACCUACUCGAAAAUUAAAAGUUGCAAAUAAUUAAAGGAUGGGGUAGAGACUUUAAUGAAGUCACAGCACGGCCAAACACCGCAGAAGGAUAACCACGGGGACGACAUGCAGAAGGGAGGCUAUGCGCGUGGUGAGACUACGCAACCCCCACAUCUCACGGCGUGGACGGGGACGGUGGUGGGGCGGGGGCCGUUGUCUCAGACUGUUGCCACUUCUCUGCAUCCUGCUCAUCAUCGCUGCCCUCAGCAUUCUCGCUGUCUCAGAGAUGUCACUAGUUCAGAAACGUCAGAUAGGACCGACUGGUGCUGCGACAGGAGGGGCGGCGGCGAGGAUAAUGCCAGGAAGAGUGCAACAUCCUCAGCAACCUCACCAGCAGACACAGGGCAACGGCAUGGUGUUCAAGAUAGAACCUCUGCUGCGCCGCAACGCGCCGUCCGUGGAGUUGGCCGCUCAGGUCGCUCAGAAUGCCGCUCGCGCUGCCAUCGUGGCGCGUAUCAUCGUGUCCGAGAGUGUCCUGCCCGCCCAGCACUCCUACACAUGCGCCCGGCCGCUAGAUGACUGUCCGCGUGUCCCGCCCUCUCUACGUGGUACCAUUAAUGUAUCGUCGUCGCCAAUCCGGCUAGGGGAGCGGGCAGUCGAGACACAUGUGGGGGUUUUGGGGCCAGGGGGCUCCUGGAGACCUCCUGAUUGUACUCCCCGACACACCGUGGCUGUCGUCAUCCCCUACCGCGACCGCUGGGAACAACUGCUCACUCUACUCUACUACCUGCACCCCUUACUGCAACGGCAACAGCUACAGUACCGUGUCUUCGUUGUGGAACAGACAGGGAAUGACACCUUCAACAAGGGUGUGCUGAUGAACGCGGGGUUCCUGACGGCGCUGAGGAUGCUGCCGGAGCCCGGAGUGAUGUUUCACUGUUUCGUGUUCCACGACGUGGACAUGCUGCCCGAGGAUGACCGCAACAUGUACAGCUGUCCGGUCCAGCCCAGGCACAUGUCCGUGGCCGUUAAUGAACUGGACUAUAAAUUGCCGUAUCGCCAACUCGUCGGAGGAGUGUUCGCCAUUAGGACCGAGCACUUCUUUAAGGUCAACGGCUACUCUAAUCUGUACUGGGGUUGGGGUGGAGAGGAUGACGAUAUGGGAUACAGAGUGGAGCACGUGCUAACGACGAUUUCUCGACCUCCGGAGGAGAUAGCUCGAUAUACCAUGAUCAAACACGAAAAGCGGAAGCCUCUAGCGUGGAAGGUGCGUGUGAAGCUGCUGCGCACAUCUUGGAGGAGAUACCGGCUGGACGGCUUGAACACGGUGCAGUACAACUUGCUAAGUACGGUGGAGCAUGCUCUGUACACGCGACUGCUCGUGGACGUGGGUCAUCCUCCCCAGAACAUUCGGGUGCUGCAGCAACAACAGGAUAAUGACGACCGGAGAACCACGGUGGCCCCGGCGAGCUAGCAUCAGUCUAGCGCCUACUGGAGUCUUCUGCUGGGAGUCCUGGUGUGAUAUAUGUACAACAACAGUAUAAUGACGACAGGACAGCUACAGUGGUCCUGGAGAGCUAGCAUCAGUCCAACGCCAACUGGUGUCCUCUGCUGGGAGUCCUGGUGUGAUAUAUGUACAAAAACGGGAUAAUGGCGACAGGAGAACCACAGUGGCCCCGGCGAGCUAGCGUCAGUCUAGCGCCUACUGGAGUAUUCUGCUGGGAUUCCUGGUGUGAUAUAUGGCGAACAACAGGAUAAUGACGACAAGAGAGCUACAGUGGUCCCGGUGAGCUGUCAUCAGUCCAGCGCCGUGUGGAGUAUUCUGCUGGGAUUCCUGGUGUGAUAUAUGGCGAACAACAGGAUAAUGACAACAAGAGAGCUACAGUGGUCCCGGUGAGCUGUCAUCAGUCCAGCGCCUUGUGGAGUAUUCUGCUGGGAUUCCUGGUGUGAUAUAUGUCGAACAACAGAAUAAUGACGACAGGACAGCUACAGUGGCCCUGGGGACCUAGCAUCAGUACAAUGCCAACUGGUGUCAUCUGCUGGGAGUGUAGGUGUGAUAUAUGUACAGCAAGCAAAGGUGAACACUGCCCAGUGACAAUUAUUGGUAGUUUGCCAUUAUUUUUAAACAAGAUUCUAUAGAGGGCUGCGCGAAUUCUUCAGUAUAGACCAGUUCUUAUAUGGAUUAAGAGAUGUUUUUAUUCAAAAAUUCUUAGGUCUGGUUUCGAAUGAAGUUUUUACCGUCAAUUCCUAUUGGAAGCUGCUGAGUAUGAUUUAAAUUCACCAUUAUAAAGACCAG